AGAGUGAUGGUCCAAACCACCGGUUCGAACCGGCGCUCUCGUACGAAAACAAAAGAGAAGAAACACUCUUCCCCCUCCCGUUAGAGCGAAAGAGCGAGAGAGAGAGAGAGAGAGAGAUGAGCGGCGAUGGCGAAGCCCCGACGAUCCCUCCCAACAUGACCAUCUACAUCAACAACCUCAACGAGAAGAUCAAAAUCGAUGAACUUAAGAAGUCGCUGCAUGCUGUUUUCUCUCAAUUUGGGAAGAUACUAGAAGUCCUUGCUUUUAAAACAUUAAAACACAAAGGACAAGCAUGGGUAGUAUUUGAGGAUGUUUCGUCAGCAAGUGAGGCUCUCAAGCGGAUGCAAGGAUUUCCCUUCUACGACAAACCUAUGAGAAUUCAGUAUGCUAAGACCAAAUCAGACAUAAUAGCAAAGGCUGAUGGAACUUUUGUCCCUCGAGAAAGACGGAAGAGGCAUGAUGAUAGAGCUGAAAGAAAGAGGCGGGAACAGCACCAUGAUGCCAAUCAAGUUGGUCUGGGUUUGAAUUCCUCUUAUCCUGGUGUUUAUGGAGCUCCACCUCUCUCUCAGUUGCCAUACUCUGGAGGUGCCAAGUCUAUGCUUCAGGAAGCACCAGCCCUUCCAAACAAUAUACUCUUCGUUCAGAAUCUCCCGCACGAAACUACACCUAUGAUGCUCCAGAUGCUCUUCAUACAGUAUCCUGGCUUUAAAGAAGUGAGGAUGAUCGAGGCGAAGCCCGGGAUUGCUUUCGUCGAGUAUGGCGACGAGAUGCAGGCGACCGUGGCCAUGCAGGGCCUUCAAGGUUUCAAAAUCACGCAGCAGAACCCGAUGCUUAUUACAUAUGCAAAGAAGUAGGGAGAGAGAAUUUUAAAGCCCUUUCACUUUAGGGCUGUACAUUAUCUUUAGAUUAUGGAACACAUUUUGCCUGCUUUUUGUGCCUUCUUUUUUGAUCAGAUUAGUGUUCAUGUGGGAUUAUAUCAUGUAGAAUUUUCUACUUUCCGCGGAUUCUGUGUGUGCUCUUUUCUAUGAGAAGCUAGGUUUUAUGAUAUUAUGUAGAAGUUGCUAGAAUGUU